UGGGUCUAGUGAACAGGAAUUAAUACUUUACUAAAUCAUCAGCACCACCACCUCCACAUCCACCUCAUCCUCUGUAUUUGCUGAGAAGAUCAGAGGCAACCCCAGUCCAGUUGGUAAUUAAUGGGAGCCUGCGAUCCAUCCUGCAGUGAGAGGCAUCCUUGUGGAGUACUGGGUUGUCCCAGCUCUCCCUUCAUAGAUCCACCAGCCGUAAUUGAACCCGAAACCGGAUCUUUGCUACCAAGUGGAACUACUGGCGCACUGGAGGAGACAUCUCCACUAAUAACGGCGGCUAAUGAGUCUCAUCCGCUUGAACAGCCACCAAGCGCUCCAGUGCUUCCGGACAAGGCCAUCUCACCGACACCACCUAUGAUGGCAGUUCCCAUGCCUUAUCAGGAGCAAGCCAUUCCACCACGCCAAUUCGUAGGGGAGAGUUCAGUCCCAGUCCCAGCACCAGCACCAGCACCAGCACCAGCACCACCUCAAGGUGUGGAUAAUCAUGACGUACCAAUCCAGAGGAUGGAAUCGAUGGAUUAUCCCCCUCCAGGUCACCGUCCAUUUGGUGGAGAAGACCUGGGUCGGCGUGGCACGAGGCGGCCAUUCCCUGGUCCUCACACUCACAGCCGGUGGUAUGACUAUAUCCCCUUGAUAUCCGACUUAGGUCGUUAUAGAUGCCGCCAGUACUACCCAAACGAUCAUUACUUGAAUAACAGGCCUUGCUAUCGGAGGGUGGAAAAUUUCUGGUAUAACCGUGACUCUGACAACUGUGUACCUCCCCGUUCACGGAGGGUUCGAGAUCGUGUACCCAAUUACUGUCCCAAUAUGGAUGACUACAACUACGUGCCUGUGCCUCCUCCCCCUUUGAGGAGAUGGAAUACUUUCCCUAUUAGAGAGCCUCCAUCAUCCUCCUCUGCACACCAGAAUCAUGAAGAUCCGCAGGCAGGACCCAGUGAUGGCCGUCAGCCUGCAGCUGGUGAUCAAGGCACCCUUGUUCGGGAUAACAUUGUCAUUGGUGAUCCGACCAGGGUGAGGAUUGGAGAAGGAAAUCGUGGUGGCCGUUCUACUGGUGGUCGUGUCACUGGUAAUGUAGUCAUUCGCUAGACCAGACCAGACCUGACCAGACCACGUACACCAAAACCAAACCAAAAUUAUGCAACAAGAUAUUUAAUUUGUUAUGGUAAUAUGUUUUAGUCUUGUCUUUUUAAUGCUUCUGAUCAUGGAUGUAUGCAUACUUUUCGUUAAGUUCGCUUGUAAGUAGAUGUAGUAGUAAGUUUGUAAUAAAGAGGAGUAGUUUUUCAAUAGAACAGAUCCUUGUUCAAGUUUA